CGCCUCCUGCCCGAUAAUAGCUGGGAUAGGCUCCAGCAUGCCCGCGACCCAGAAAAUGGAUGGAUGGAUGGAACAGAAGUAUAAAUUAGAAUACAACAGUCACCAACAAAUGUUUCUCAGCAUUGCAAAAAGCCAUCACUGGUUUUUCAGUUUUGUGUUGUCAAAUUGUUGGAAAGAAACAGUUUUGGUAAUUUGUCUUAAAAGUAUUUUCGGUUGUAUGGCGCUUUUCUACCUUCAAGGUACUCAAAGCUCUUUAACACUGUCCCUCAAUCACCUACUGAUGACGCAGCAUCAGGACCAACUGGGAGUUCAGUAUGUUGUUCAAGGAAACUUCGACAUGGUCACAUAGGCUGAUUAUCGAACUCACAGCCUUUGGGUUGGGAGACGCCCACUCUAUCAAGUGAGCCAUGCCCAAAGCCAAUUUAAGUGAGGUUUCAUAUGUCUUGUUAUUUUUCCACAGUGGUUCCCAUUAGUAUGGUGUGAUAUGGACAGAAUUUUAUUUCUUAAUAUAGAUAAUUUUGUAUUCCGAUAAUAUAAAACACGAUGUAUUAUUUUUCCUUAAAAUUACAUAAAAAGAUUGGCAAUUUGUGUUAUCUUUUUUUCAUUUAUUUAUAAACACAUUUCAUACAGAAAACAUAAUAGAAUAAAUAAAAGACAAAUAAAAAUAACAUCAAACAUAUAUCCGGAGGAGUUCCAGUAGCUUGGAGUUUUGUUCAUGAGUGACAGGCGGAUCGGUGCAGCAUCUGCGAUAAUGCACACUCUGUAUCGGUCUGUCGUGGUAAAGAAGGAGGGGAGAGGGAAGUCUGGAUGGACCCCGGAUAAGUGGAAGAAGAUGGAUGGAUGCAUGUAUGGAUAGAUUAGCUGUCGAUUAGUCGAUUAAUUGUGACACCUUGAGUUUACAUAAAGAUUGAGGUUUAGCAUGGUUGAAGUCCCCUUUCUCCUACUUACAAAGAAUGCACUUUUGAAAGUGAAAACAGUUUGUUAUAAUGAACUGCAUCCUAAGGCAAGGGACCGACUGUAUGGGAGAUGAAAAGGAUGACAAAAAUAAGUGGGGAAAAUCACAAGAAAAGUGAAAAAUAGGGAGCCUAAGGUUUGUAAUGAUAAUAUACAUUAUGUGAGAUAUGUCUAAUCUUCAUAAUGACUAUAUUUGGACAUACCACAGGGAAAAAGCUAUUGUGAUGGACAGAAUAUAAUGGCUUGGAGCCUCAGGUGAAGCUGGGAGUAGAGGAGUCGAACAGUGAACAAGAGACUGAGAGAGCAUGGAAGAGGGAGGGUACGUGAGCGUGUGUGUGUGUGUGUGUGUAAAGAGAGAGAGAUUGGGUGUGCGAGCUUGAAAGACUGUAGAGAGGGAGGGAGGGUAAUGUAAGCGAGUCACAGCAUCUCUCCUUCUUACUGCACCAGGGCUGCGAGACUCUUCGCCCUAUUGUUUCGCUUGCUGAGGAAUUAGCACAGUUCCAUCCGUUUAGUCAUCAUUUUUUAAAUUGCUUUUUAUUUAGCGCAUUUAAGGUCCAUCAUUGUCUUUGUGCCUGUUACAAAGGAUUUUGACAUUAAGAAAAUGGGUUAUCCUGUGACGGAAUUACAGGGAACAUUUUGCAGAGGACAGUGCUUGAAAACUGGGAUUGUGACUGGGACUCCUUUUUUUCAUUUUUAAAAAAAAUGUAUGCUCCUUGAACGGAUUUCCCUUCUGUUGCGCAGCAAGUUUUUUUUUUUUUUCUUUUUUUCCAGAGCGACAUACAUACUGAGAGAAGAGUUAAAGGCAAGGCUGCACAGGACCCCAUCCCUCUACAACUAACAGAAUGCAUGCUUUAAAAGGCAAAGGCAAGUUAGAAAAUCUGUAGUCACAAUAAUACUGGAGGAAAAUGGGCUAAAUCCCCCAUUUUACUUGCUUCAUAAAACCAACACAAGAAUGCCAGUAAACGGUUUAUGAUAUGGAAAAAAAAGUGGUUGGCAGAUUGUCCUUUCACCUUCUCUCUCUGUGCCGCUGGAUUGCUGAGGAGUCAGAGUGGAGCGCUGACUUAUGCAGAUGGCCUCUCAUAGCUCCUCGAGAGUCCUUUCACCUGCCUGCAUAGGAGUCUGACAUUUCAUUUCUUCAUCAGAACAGACGACCAUUUUAUGCAUCUGUUGUCCUCAAAGUCCAGAACUUUGGGAGGAAAUGUUUCACUCUUGGAUUUAUACUUGCUAAAAGACAUUGUACAGUACAUACAGUACUUUGGAUGUGCUUUUUUUUCUUUCUGCACAUGGAUGCUUUGAAACCCACACACAGCCCUGUGUGUACUGAGAGAAUUGUGACAUUAUCUCCUGUGGAGAUCCCCAUGUUUUUUUAGUCCGUGUCUGUGUUUUGACUUUCACAAUGGUUAGGCAUACAUGGGCUCCAGACACUGACGAGAGGACCACCAAAAUAAGGGAAGCUCGCUGUUGAAUUACAAACACAGCAACCCUAGAAUACAAUGAAACUUGAGUUUAUUGAAGAUGUGCUUGACACAGGAUUUUUUUUUUCAAGCACCAAGACUCCCUAGAGGGAAUUUCCUCUCUGAAAGAAAUAUUGUAUGAAUUAUAAAGGCACAUUCACUCAGCAAAUUUCAUCUCAUCUCUUGUUAUAAAAUGGAAGCCAAUAUGUUGGAUACAUAUUGAAUUUCUUUUUGGAAUCUGUCAAGACUGUCCAACAUUUUAAUACAUUAAGCUCUUCAUAAGGUUUCUUCCCUUGCAACCUCUUUCAUCUGUCUUUGUGAAAACAGCUUAUGCCCUUAGCCCUUUUAAAACUAAGCAAUAAAGGCCACAUGCUGGCAAGCAAAGCAGCAUGAAACUCACCUUCACGAAGGAUGCUCACUUCUCUCAAAUACAAUUCUACGCUGCUUUCGUUUUGAUUUUCCCUCACUACUCUUAAAUGCAGCCUCCCUUUUUCAUAAACCAUGCAGUGCCAGUGGAAAAGAAGGGCCUCCAAAAGCCCUAACUUUUUUUUCGUGUCAGUGUUCCCUUGAUUGAGACUCAUCAAUGUGAGAGUCAGGUGAAAGAGAGCAAGGGUAGCCUAUUAAGCUGUAUUAACUGAAGGAAGCUACAGGGACCUGGAGAAGAGUGGAAGAGGAGAAGGCAAUUUGCAGUUUCAUGCUGUUGCCUUAUGCACGUUACACCUAAACCUGUCCCACCAGGGUACAAACUACAACAAUGAAUCUGUCUGACACGAUGGCUGACCCGAUGCUCACGCCAAAUAGCAGCCGUAGAGAUGUAUUUUCUGGCAGUGCUUCGAACCACUCCUGUCCCUUAGGCUGGGGACUAAAAGAAGGCUUAGAGGCUUGCAUCCUGGAGACUGCUGUUGUUGUAGUCCUGACAGUGCUCAUUAUUGCUGGUAACUUGACGGUGAUCUUCGUAUUCCACUGUGCCCCACUACUACAUCACUAUACCACAAGCUACUUUAUCCAGACCAUGGCCUACGCAGACCUUCUCGUAGGUCUCAGCUGCCUGGUACCCACUCUGUCUCUGCUCCACUACCCAGCAAGUGUCCAGGAGCCCAUCACCUGUCAGGUCUUCAGCUAUGUCAUCUCUGUUCUCAAAAGUGUUUCAAUGGCCUGUUUGGCCUGUAUCAGUGUGGACCGCUAUCUGGCUAUAACUAAACCGCUAUCGUACAACCAACUGGUGACACCAUGCCGGCUACGAGGCUGCAUCACCCUCAUAUGGGUUUACUCCAGCCUGGUCUUCUUGCCCUCUUUCUUUGGGUGGGGCAAGCCAGGCUAUCAUGGGGACAUUUUUGAGUGGUGUGCACAGUCUUGGCCUACCUCAGCCCUCUUUACAGGCUUUGUGGUAUGCUUGCUGUAUGCACCUGCUGCACUUGUGGUCUGUUUUACCUACUAUCACAUCUUUCGGAUUUGCCAGCAGCAUAAUAGGGAGAUCAGUGAACGACGGGCACGUUUUCCAAGCCAAGAUAUGGAAACUGUUGAAGGAGAUGGUGAUGGGCAACAAGGAGGACAUGGACCUGAUCGGCGCUAUGCAAUGGUGCUCUUCCGCAUCACAAGCGUUUUCUAUAUGCUCUGGCUACCUUACAUCAUAUACUUUGUGUUGGAAAGCUCCCAUGUCGUGGACAGCCCAGCUCUUUCAUUCAUUACCACUUGGCUAGCAAUUAGCAAUAGUUUUUGCAACUGUGUCAUCUAUAGCCUGUCCAAUAGUGUGUUCCGCUUGGGCAUGCGUAGGCUAUCACAGACAAUUUGCUCCUUCAGUCACUGUGCUGCUGAUGACAGGGACUUUGGGAAACCUAAACCAAGAAAAAGGGCAAACUCCUGCUCCAUCUGAAUACAUGACUUUUUAAAGUACAAGGACACUCUAUCAACAUUGCCAACUAGAUACAUCAUGAUUGAAUUGAAUGAAUAAAACCAAAACAAUUCUUUUUUUAUUUUAUUAUUAUUAGUUUUUUGGUGGUGAUAUUAGUGUUAUUCCCUUGGCCAUAAUGCUUUUUGGAAUUUUGACCAAGUGUGAUUUAUGUGCAUAAAAAAGACAAUGUUUAAUGAAACUGAGUCACACUGAGAAUGCUUUCUCUCUAUGGCUCACAACAUAGCUGUAUGACAUUGAGCCUGUACAUGACCCGGUAUGGUUUCUCUGCAAAUUUCAAAAUACAGUAUAUUUAGAAUCACAUUUUGUUGAGCAAAUUGGAUGAGCAAGAUAACUUUCCAAAACAUUUACUCACAAAGAUGUUUGGAUGUUGUUAAUGACUCUUGAUUUGUUGACAGCCAUAAUGCUGUUUUAGGUUUUAGAAAGUCAGGAAAACCUUUCUGCUUAACUGUGGAAUAUGAAACUGUAAUAGCAAAUAGCAGUUAAUAACUUUGAAACAUAUAUAAAAUUCAAAACUGGAAUGUGGACAUUUACAGUAAAGUACAACUGAAAUUUGUAAUUUGCUUUUCUCGUGGGGGGAAAAAAAAUCUGAAAUGUUCCAGUUUUAAUUUUUUGGGUCUGGAUAUGUUGUUGUUGCUAAGUUAUUUUGACACAGCAAAUUAAAUAUUGAAUGUUACAGUGAGAUUAUGCAGAAAUGCUUUUGACUUUUACCACGACAAUUGUCACAGCACUGAAUCCACACACCAACAACAUCUUAUUUCUGUAUGUGACUUUAAAAACGUAAAAACACGUUUUAUUUGGCAGUCACUACCUGCAGGAAAUGUGGACAUUUACAGUAAAGUACAACCGAAAUUUGUAAUUUGCUUUUCUUUUCUCGUGGAGGAAAAAAAAAAUCUGAAAUGUUCCAGUUUUAAAUAUUUUGGUCUGGAUAUGUUGCUAUUGCCAAGUUAUUUUGACACAGCUAAUUACAACCCCAAUCCCAAUGAAGUUGGGGCGUUGUGUUAAACAUAAAUAAAAACAGAAUACAAUGAUUUGGAAAUCAUGUUCGAUCUACAUUUAAUUGAAUACACUACAAAGACAAGAUAUUUAAUGUUCAAACUGAUCAACUUUAUUGAUUUUAGAAAAUAAUCAUCAACUUAGAAUUUUAUGGCUGCAACACGUUCCAAAAAAGCUGGGACAGGGUCAUGUUUACCACUGUGUUACAUCACCUUUUCUUUUAACAACAUUCAAUAAACGUUUGGGAACUGAGGGCACCAAUUGUUGAAGUUUUGUAGGUGGAAUUCUUUCCCAUUCUUGCUUGAUGUACAGCUUCAGCUGUUCAACAGUCCGGGGUCUCCGUUGUCGUAUUUUACACUUCAUAAUGCCCCACACAUUUUCAAUGGGAGACAAGUCUGGACUGCAGUCAGGCCAGUCUAGUACCCGCACUCUUUUAUGACGAAGCCACGCUGUUGUAACAUGCAGAAUGUGGUUUCCCAUUGUCUUGUUGAAAUAAGCCGGGGCGUCCAUGAAAAAGACCUUGCUUGGAUGGCAGCAUAUGUUUCUCCAAAACCUGUAUGUACCUUUCAGCAUUAAUGGUGCCUUCACAGAUGUGUAAGUUACCCAUGCCAUUGGAACACAGCCCCAUACCAUCACAGAUGCUGGCUUUUGAACUUUGCGUCCAUAACAGUCCGGAUGGUUAUUUUCCUCUUUGGCCCGGAGGAAACGACGUCCACAAUAUCCAAAAACAAUUUGAAAUGUAGACUCGUCGGACCACAGAACACUUUUCCACUUUUCAUCAGUCCAGCUUAGAUGAGCUCGGGCCCAGAGAAGCCUGUGGCGUUUCUGAGUGUUGUUGAUAAAUGGCUUUUGCUUUGCAUAGUAGAGUUUCAAGUUGCACUUACGGAUGUAGCACCGAACUGUAUUUACUGACAUUGGUUUUCUGAAGUUUUCCUGAGCCCAUGUGAUGAUAUCCUUUACACAUUGAUGUCUGUUUUUGAUGCAGUGCCGCCUGAGGGAUCAAAGGUCACUGGCAUUCAAUGUUGGUUUUUGGCCUUGCCACUUACAUGCAGUGAUUUCUCUAGAUUCUCUGAACCUUUUGAUGAUAUUAUGGACCGUAGAUGAUGAAAUCCCUAAAUUCCUUGCAAUUGUAUGUUGAGGAACAUUGUCCUUAAACUAUUUGACUAUUUUCUCAUGCACUUGUUCACAAAGAGGUGAACUUCGCCCCAUCUUUGCUUGUGAAUGACUGAGCAAUUCAGGGAAACUCCAUUUAUACCCAAUCCUGGCACCCGCCUGUUCCCAAUUAGCCUCUUCACCUGCGGGAUGUUCCAAACAGGUGUUUGAUGAGCAUUCCUCAACUUUCUCAGUCUUUAUUGCCAUCUGUCCCAGCUUUUUUGGAAUGCGUUACAGCCAUAAAAUUCUAAGUUGAUGAUUAUUUGCUAAAAACAAUAAAGUUGAUCAGUUUGAACAUUAAUUAUCUUGUCUUUGUAGUGUAUUCAAUUAAAUAUAGGUUGAACAUGAUUUGCAAAUCAGUAUAUUCUGUUUUUAAUUGUUUAACACAACGUCCCAACUUCAUUGGAAUUGGGGUUGUAAAUAUUGAAUGUUAUAGUGAGAUUAUGCAGAACUGCUUUGGACUCUUACCACGACAAUUGUCACAGCACUGAAUCCACACACACCAACAUCAUCUUAUUUCUCUGUGACUUUUAAAAUGAAAAAACAAGUUUUUUUGGCAGUCAGUACUUGCAGGAUAUUUUGCAGCAUGCAAAUGCAUCUGUAUAUGCAAAUAGAUAUCCUGAAAUACAUUCAAACAGCAGAAUGGCAACAAGGUGAUCAGAUACACACUUCAAUCCCAAUAAGAAAAAAAUGUCCACCUUGGGAAUUUAACAAAUAUGCUCCUGAAAUGCUUAUUUUGGUGCUGUGAUUCUCACAAAUACAUUCUGUAACACAGUAUACAAUUUGUUCCUAUUGACUUUAUAUCAGUGCCAUUACUGAAGAUGGGAAUUUAACAAAAUUUGCAUUGUUAAAAAUAAUAAUUGAACACGUACUAUGGACCAAAUGGGAACUGAUUCUGAAACUCCUCCCUAAACAGCUUUGUCUUCAAUAGCAUGAACCAGCUGGAGUAAACUGAAUUACAAUUACAUGAUUGUUGUUGAGAAAUAUUAACAUGUCAACAUUUGAAAACAGUGACAAUCACUCUGGUUGUGCAGAAGCUGUACAUAUGCACCAUUCUGUAUUGCGGGUAUACGGUAUCACAAUAUUUAGCAAGCAUUUUUUUUUUUCCUGUUUAAUAUGGUCUAACGCCCAAAUUACUCUCCCUUAAAAUAGCAUUAGCAAUAUACAGUACUGUAAUCUUUCGUGUAUAAUGCGCACGCAUGUAUAACAUGCACCCCCAAAGUUGACCUCAAAAUUCUGGAAAACCCUUCCACCUAUGUAUAAUGCAUUUUACAAUGCAUGAUUUUGCUUCUACCCAAAUGAUCAAAACAUUAAGUAUUAUCUGUAUUUUAUUUUUUUCAAAUAAUUAUUCUGAAGUUAAGCACUUUAUUUGAACACGUAAUCCUGUUUUUAAUUUACUUGCUCUUAUUUUGAAAUUCACAUCCCUACUUUUAUUUAGUAAAUUAGAAAACACACAGUUGUGCUCAUAUAUUUGAUUACCCAUGCAGAAUUUGUAAGAAGUGGACAAGUCUUGAAAUCUUCAUGAAGGACCAUGCGAAACACGUUUAAUUUUAUUUUAAUGGGAUUCAAAUUAAAAGGUCAAGGAUUUCAGAAAAGCAUUAUCAUUAAACAAAACAUAACCAUAAAUAAAUUAAUGAUGGUUGUUAUUCAGUCAUCAGUCAUAUUUAAAAAUAAAACAAUAUUUCACAAAUUCUGGAAGGGUAUGUAAACUUGUAGCACAACUGUACAUAUAUGCAGUCAUACGUACCCCUGUCACAUUGGAAUGAAAGUGUAGGCUACACUUUUUUUUAUAACCACUAGGUGGCGGUGGCAUUUUGGAAUGAAAGUGUACAGCUUUUUCAUAACCACUAGAUGGAGGCAUACAUUUAUAAAAUGUGAAAGUUUUUUUCCAUUUGCCCCUAUACCUAUGUAUAAUGCGCACUAUUGACUUUUGACAAUUCUUUGGGGGGGGGUGCACAUUAUACAUGAGAAAUUACGGAUAAGGACAAUCUUCUGGUUGCUACCUACUUAAGUUCAAAAUAAAGCUUUUCCCCCUAAAUUCAAAAUGUUUUACUAAAUCUGAUAGGUUUUGUGUAUAACCUACCCUCAAUUACUCAAGUAGAUUUUGUAUGUAAUUCGUACUUAAUUCGGUCACAUAUAUAAGAUUUGGAUAGACUAAACAUGGAGGACAUUUAACUUGGAAAAUGAAUGAGUUGGCCGCUAAUUUUAAAUUAAAUGCUGAAUUAGUUUUUGUGUAGCUGAUCAUCGUGAAUCUGUUUGGUAAAAUGGGUUACUAAUAUUGUCGCUUUGCUCAAUUUCCUACAAAAAUAUUUCUGCCUCUGGUGAGGGGUGAAUUUCCUAAUUCUACCUUUGCCCUUGAUUCACCCUGACGGUUUUGCGGGUUCAUGAGACUUAAGGGGUAUGCCAAUUCUCCGUAAGGAAUAAUCCACUAAACUCUACACUCCGCUAUGCUAUGUUCAAAGCCAUGACAAUACUGUUAACGUCAUACUGAGUGAUAUAUACACCAUAUAUGCUGUGUUUUUUACUAAUUAGUUUGCUAUUCAUAACAUAGUAUAGUUUGAAAAUAUUUUUAAAAAAUCUGAAAAUUUGUGGCUCAAGACCAUUAACUUAUUAUAGCAGGGCAAAUAAUAGUGAAAAUUCUAUUUAGCCCAGGAGUUUCAAGUACUGUAGUUCCGUUAUCACAGUUGGUCUUCUGCCUUCAAGUGGGUACAUGUUAAACUCUGUCAGAAUUGUAUCUUUAAAAAAAAAAAAAAACCUCUCUCUCUAGAUUUUGUGGCAACAUCGCCUACGCGAGAAAUACCAGUUGAUUAAAACAUAAAAUAUGUAUUCAAUGCUGUCUGCUCUGUUCAUUUUAUAAAUGUAUGCUCAAGACAGUGAUAGUGCCAUGGAGUAGAUAACAAUUAUUGGGGCCUGCAUUUUUGUAUACCGUUAUGGUAACAACACAGCAAUAGUGCUCAACCUUUAUUUAUAACUUAGCUGUUACCAAACAUUAUCCAAUUUGAAAUGUGAUUGUCCAAGUGGAUUUACAGUAUUUGGUCAGAAGUUUCACAAAUUAUUAUUGUUUAGUCGUGAAUUUUAGAAAUGCAAAUUUGUGUGUUAGGUUCACAGUUUCAAACAUCCACGGCCAUUGAAUUCCGUAGUCUAAAGCUAAAUCAAUGUCUGUAUUUAAAAAAAAAAAAACUAUUUCAAGUGCAGUGAGAAAUCUUUAUUUUAGAGUUGAUGAUGUUAAAUAUUUAUUUAAUGAAAAUACUGUAACCCUUUACACAGUCUGUAAAUGACUAUACUGUAAAGUACGUGUGUGUGUUUCAGUCAUGUUGUACAGCCAGAAGAAAGAAAUGUACCUGUUUUGUUAAAUGAAUAGACUUCUGUUUUUGGCUAUAGAAAGCAGUGUGUUAGCACAGUAUCUAUUUUUUUAUUUUGGAAAUUUUUGCCAAAGGCCUCAGUAUUGCUGUUGAUUCCAACCAAAUAAAGGGGACGAUAACAGUAACUUCAUGUGGCUCUGUCUGCUUAGAUUAUAAUUUUUUUUAAAUUAUACAUCAACAGUGUCUAUCACUUGUUUACGCAAGUUUAGUGCAUCCACAUAUGCUCUUACAGUUACUAUUUGUCUAAAAGCAGCUUUUAAAGUAAUUUUACCAUUAAAGCAUUGUGUUGAUGAAGAAGUUGUUGAUCCUUUUGAGGCUGCAUGGAUAUAGUGUCAUGUCAAAGCCAAAGGUCAGCAGAGCUGCAGUCUUCGUCUACAUCAGCUUUAGCUAAGCGCGUUACCAGUGUUAGCUUCUUAUAACGGGCACAUACUCAAAUCUUCAUCUUCAGUUUCUGACGUCCAAGUUGGGUGUUUAGCAAUGUGUUCCCUGAAUGCACCAAAUCCUUGCACUUAUUAACAACUGUAAAUCAGUGCCAAGUUAAUUUAAAAAAAUAAAUAAAUAAAUAAAAAAAGAGGCACAACAGGGUUCAGAAAAGUUGUUCAAUUUCGUGACAAUGUCUCUAUGUUCACAAUACAGGUCAAUUCCUUGUUUUGUACGUAUGCACAAUAUGACAUCGUCUUUGGUGCGCAUGUGCGUCAAUUCGCUGACACAUUCCGUUCACAUUAGAAGUGGUGUUUGUAUUUCUAAUGUGCAGAGGUGGGUAGAGUAGCCAACCAUUGUACUCAAGUAAGAGCACUGUUACUUCAGAAUAAUAUGACUCAAGUAGUAAUUACCCCGUGAAAAAAACUACUGAAGUACUGAGUAACUUCUGAUCUGAACGUCAAAUAAAAUAAAAAUAACUAAAUAAAAUAUGGAUGUGCAAAUUCAGAUAUUUCUGAACAAUAUCAAUCUAAAACAUAGUAAAAUUUUUUUUUGAGAAAAUAACAAAUUAAGGCAAAUUCAGCUCCACUAUUUUGUUUCCACUUGUUACACAGCACUAGAGGCUAAUCAGAUUACAGCGAUUACAAAAACAGGAACAAGGCUGCAGUGGAUAUAAAAAGUCUACACACCCCUCUUCAAAUGCCAAGUUUUUGUGAUGAAAAAGAAUUUCGACCAAAAUAAUUUUUUUUUUCAAACUUUUUCCACCAUUAAUGCGACCUAGAAUUUGUACAACUCAAUUGAUGUAUCUUUUUGAGAGGGGAAGUGAAAAUAAACAACUGAAAUAUUAUUGUAUGUGAUUCUUAUAAAUGGGAUGUGGCGCUGUUCAGGAGUAACGGAAUCACUCAUGUUCAAUGGGAGUCCACACAUACCUGCCACGAUUUAAAAUUUUCAGUGCCAAAAAACAAGAACACAUGCAAUAGGGCCUUACAUAAAUAUUAUUUGCUUCAUUAACUAGAAUGACUGAAUGAAGAAGCUGUUUGUUGAUCAGAUUUAUAGAUAAAAGUAUUGGCUUUUUACUAGAUCUGUUUUAUGGUACUUGCACUGCAACUGGGGAGAGAGAGAGAGAGAGUGAGAUUACACUAUGGCAAAGAUCCAUGUUUCACAGUUAUGACCAUAAAAUAAAGCUAAUGUUGCCAUACGCACAGCCAAAACAAAAACAUCUGCAACUUACCGCAAGAUGUUUUCUCAAGUUUGAAGAGGGCUGAAAUAUCCAAGUUUGGGCAGUUACAAGACUGCACUGCAUGAUAAAGCUGUUGUUCCUCGUAGUGUGAGAUCAGUCAAACAUCACUGUGGUUAUGUUGGAUUGGUGCAACAGUGGUGUUGCGGAGGUCGAAACAGAAAGUCUAAAAAUAGAUUGUGCAUGCAAUAAUUGAUUUAAAAUAAUAAUAAUAAUAGCAAGCGGCAUGUAGAUCAUAGUAGCGAUGUAAACGUACCGUUUCCUCUUAACAUAAAUACACGACUAAAAGUAAAAAGUAUGAUGCACUAAAACUACUCUGACAACUACAAUUUAUCCAAAAUGUUACUUGAGUAAAUUUAGCGCUACCCACCUUGUAACGUGAACGACUGUAUAAAAAGCUCGGAUUUAACAAAAUAUACAAACUGGGCAUCAUGCUCUGCAGUGUGAGGGUAGGCUUCGUUGGCAGCACUGAGCUCCAACCCUGGUAAUGAAAGCCGUACUCUGUACGGUAUUUGCUUGAGACAGAACUGCAUCCCCUAUGACUGAGUGAUUUCGACGAGAGUGACAAGUGGAUUAUAUUAGAAGUUUAGUGUAAUUCUUUAUCCUUUGUGCAUUUUGAAGGAAGAAUAAGACCUUUUAUGAAAAAACCUGAGGUCAGUUUUAAAUUGUAAAAAAUAGUAUACUGUAGGGUUGGGUGAUUAAUCAAAAUUGAAUUGUGAUUUUGAUUUUGCCUUCUCACAGUC